GGAAGAAAAAGACAAAGAAAAGGAAAAAAUGUCUCUGGUAACUUGCUUGCAGGAGCGUACGGGCUGACAAAAUGUAAUUAUUUACCGAGUUGGAGGAAGGUUUUCGUGAUUCCGUUGGUAGCGUGGAGAUCGUCGUCCGCGGGGAAGGCGAGGCAUAAAAGCAGUGUAUAUUGAUCGUAGCAUUGAACUGGACCGUCGGGAAAACGAUAACGGAUUAGAAAACGUUAUUCGAUUGUAGAAAUCGAAUAGCAAAAACGUACAUUAAGUGUAGCAACUAAUGCUAGCCGUACUACUUGUAGGUGUGUUUCGUGUGUUUUAGUGUACGAUUGCGGGAGUGCAUUUCGUCCGUGUGAAGCUGUGCGUUUGGAACCAUCACAAAACAAACGCGACCGUAUCCGGUGAUCAUACCGGGAGAUAACCGUAUCAACAGCGUCGGAAGUUGUGGGACAGGCGAGGUGGAUUUGAACGCCUUCCAUUGAUCCUUCUAGUUGGAAUCCUUUAGCUUCACCUCCGCGCUAGUCUACCGUCCCCUCAGCACUCCACCUUCCCUCGGUUGGAUCCGGGACGGGAACGGUACGGAGCGGAACGAAUGAGUGUCCAGUGGCGUUCCGUUGCCGCCGUAAAACUGUUGCCAGCUUCCUGUUCCACACGUCGCAGACGCCGCCGUCGUUGUAACAGCGAAAGUAAAUCCGCGUCUUACUCACACACCGGUCGUGAGAAGGGCCACUCGAUCGCUGCAUUGUGCGCAGCGGUAACGAUCGAGUAAAAGCAAUGACCGAGUCGCAAGCCAACGAGUACCUCCGGAACCGACUGUGGCAAAAGGCAAAAGACAUCUACGAUACGAUUGUAGAAGCAUCCGUUAAUGACCCAACAUCUGCAUCGGGACGGCGACACUCAAAGGAGCAAGUGAUCGCGUGUUUGUACGGUCGCACCGAGUGCUGUCUGGAGCUGCAGCAGUACGAUCAAGUGACGCAAGAUUGCCAUCGGUUGCUUAAGUUGUUACGUCUCGGGGAGAGCGGAAAGGACACCAGCGGCAACAACAACACCAACAACAACGGAUGCGUUGCACCAUCGUCAUCGUCUUCUUCCGCCGAAUCUCGUAGCCCUACACCGUCCUCUUCGACGUCGACGAUUUCAUCCUGCUCGGCGCAAUCAAAGCCAACAGGAACAGGAACCUCCGGCAGCAAGGGUUUGCCUGGAAAAGCCACCAAUACGACAACAUCGGUUAACGGAAAUGCAGACAGCAGUGUUGCGUCACCGGUGGGGAACAACGGUGUCGGAAAUGCCAGUACUGAGUCGAAGGUACGCAAGCGUCUCAUACACUCCCUGUUCAAGCAGCGAAAGUUUGCCGAAGCGGAAGUAAUCCUGCAGGAAUGGAUCGCCAGUCAUAGCGCCAACCAAGACAUCGGGCGCCAUCUGGACCGCCUGAGGGUGCUGCUGCAGAUGGCCACGUCGUCCUCGUCAUCGUCGGGUGGUUCAUCGCCGGGUGCGGAAGGUGGGGGAGCCGGAUCCGAACGGGGUGCCGAGGGAGCCAACCAUAGUUCGGUGGUGGAUGCCGUGGCCAGUGAAGUCACGCCGAGUCCAACUUCGUCGACCGUUUCCUCACUUUCCUCGCUGAACGACGAGUACGAGCAGAUCGAGACCAAGCUGGAAAAUCUUAUCCUCAACAAUCUGCCUCCGGACCGUUACACGAAGCAACUCUGUCAGAUAGAGGGCCAGCUGAAGAUUGGCAACGGGGAGCAGGCCGUUUCUGGCACCCCGCCGAUGGAGGGCGGAGGGACUGAACGGUCGGGCGGUGGCAGUCAGGGGCAGAAAAAACCACCGGGAGCAGCGUCUACACCGACCAGUUCGUCUACCGGCGAUGACAAACGAAAGGACAGCGUUGAGCGGAAAGAACCCACGACGAUGGCGGCUGGAGGCAAACUGUCGAAAGCGUCAUCCACUAACAGCAGUAGCAACAGUGAUAGCAAAACUAGUGAUAGUAACUGUAAUUUAUUCAAUGAAGCGAACAGUGAUAGUGACAAAAAAGCUUCCGCCAGCGAUCGUGGAUCGGGCGGAACUGGUGGAUCUCGCGUAGUGGACGCCGGCGGUAAAAGUGGCGGUGGAAGCAAGAUGACCAACGUCUCGGAGAAAACAACAAACAGCAAGGAGACGCAGAAGGCUGCAGCGGCUGGUGGACAGGAGAAAUCGGUUUCGGGUACCGCCGGAGCCACGACCGGUACGACCAGCAAAUCGAUGUCGGUUGACAAACUGAACAGUAUUACCUGUGUCUACUGUACGAUGGCGUUCGCAGAUCGAUCCGAGCUGCGGGCGCACUGUCAAACUGAAAGCCACCAGAACAUCAUCAUGUCGGAUGAGGGUCGUGACUGGAAGUGGCGCCCACCGCCGCGUGGUUUCGUUGCGGAGCUGUACAGCUUGUGCGAGAAGUAUCAGGAUAAUCAAAACUGCAGCUACGGCAACCAGUGUGUGGAAGCGCACGGCGUCGACGAGCUGAACGAGUGGAAGGAACGGUUCGAGUACCGCAAGAAGAAGCUCCAGCGAGCCCGCGACAAGGAGCUGUACGGUAAGAGCUACACCGAGCAGCUGCUGGAGCGUUGGGUGCAGGCACCCAGCCCCGACAAGGUGAUGCGCGAGAAGGUGGAGGGCGUAGAGGACAGCUGCUCGCACGAUCUUGUCACCACCAUCUCGUCGAAAGUGAGCAAGCGCGAGUGGUCGUUCGUGUUGAAAUCGAAGCGCUACCUGAAGGCGGUUGCGCUGCUCCAGGACGCGCACCGGAACCACUUCGUGAUCAAGCAAAUCUGCCCGGGUGAACCGAGGGGCGCACCCGGUGGCCCGAAAAAGGGUUCUGCGGGGAGCAAAAGCGGACCCGAACGCGCAUCGGAGGUGGAACUGAACUCGGAGCAGGAGUGGGUCGCUCCGUCCGCCGCCGCCGACAAGGGCGACGGGGGGACCAGUGCCCUGCUGCUGGAGCAUCGUGUGAAGGUGGGCUUCAGUACCGAAAUCUACGGCACGUUUCGGCAGACGGUGGUGUUUGACUUUGGCCGCGAGCCGGUGCUGGUGAAGCACAUCUGUGUGGACGUGGUGCCGGUUACGGAGGUCGACAAGAUACAGGAGAUCAAGAAGGAUAUCGUCAUGUCGACUGCAGAACGCUGGGAUGAGACGAAUUCGGAUAUCUUCGAGUUCACCACUGCACCGAUACCGCACAUGCAAACGCCGGCGUACACGGCUGACGCUGAGCGGGAAAAGGACCUGCUGACGCACUAUCCGCUUCCGAAGGCGUCCACGUUCGUGCUGACGCAGUCGACGAUCACGGAGAAAAAGCUGACACGAAACAACUACCGCAACCGCAUCCACGAGCUGCUGUACGUGGAGGAGAUCGCCCGGUACGAGCAGAUAGCGCGCUACAACCUGACCACGCGCCUCUCGAUCGUCACCAACUAUCUGCUCACGCCGAGCGGCAUGGCCACCAGCACGGCCAAGUACUCGCAUUCGGGCGAACUGUUUGCGCUGAUGAAGCUUGGCAAGGACGUUUCGGAGGACACCUCGGCCGGGCGGCUCAUCCUGAACAACUGCCAGGCGGUGUACAUUGCGGCGGCCAAGGAGACGCCACCGGCGGGCGAAAAGCGCAAGGUGUACGAAGCGGUAAUCGAGGACAAGGGCAAAAAUAUGAUCUACAUGAAGGUGUCGGCGAAGGCGGUAGCCGGACUGGGCCUGAAGCCGGAGACAGAGUUCCUCGCCGACAUUCAGUUCCAACCGAACCGGCUGACGUACUGCGAGUGGCAUCAGGCGAUCGACAAGAUAGCCGACUUUCGCAUCAUCUUUCCGGAGAUCUUUCUCGAGCCGAGCAUACCGUGGACUCCCCAGCGCCAGUGGGAUUCGUCGCUCGAUCCGAAGCUGAACUCGAAGCAGAAGGAGGCGGUGAUGGCCAUAACGACGCCAAUCAACGUGGCACUGCCGCCAAUUCUGCUGAUCGGACCGUUCGGCACCGGGAAAACGUACACGCUGGCGCAAGCGAUCAAGCAGCUGCUGCUGCAGGAUACGACCAAGAUACUAAUCUGCACCCACUCGAACUCGGCGGCCGAUCUGUACAUCAAGGACUAUCUGCACCCGUGGGUCGAGGAGGGUAUGACCGAGGCGAAACCAUUGCGUGUCUACUACCACAAGCGUUGGGUGGCUACGGUGAACAGUAUCGUGCAGAAGUAUUGCUUGGUCGAUUUGAACAUCAACAUGCGCAACUUCCGGCGACCUACAGUGAAAGAUAUCAUGAAGCACCGCAUCGUGGUGGUAACGCUCAACAUCUCGAUGGAGCUGGCUUCGCUGGACCUACCGAAGGGCCACUUCACGCACAUCUUCCUCGACGAGGCAGCCCAGGCGAUGGAGUGCGAAGCGAUCAUGCCGCUGGCGUUGGCGGGCGAGAAGACGCGCAUCGUGCUGGCCGGCGAUCACAUGCAGAUGUCACCCGAGCUGUUUUCGAACUUUGCCAAGGAGCGCAAGCUGCACGUGUCGCUCCUGGAGCGCCUGUACGAUCACUAUCCGAAUGACUUCCCGUGCAAGAUACUGCUGUGCGAAAACUAUCGCGCCCAUGAGGCCAUCAUCAAGUUCACGUCCGAGCUGUUCUACGAGCAGAAGCUGAUCGCGUCCGGCAAGCAGCCACGCCACGAGAAGUUCUACCCGCUGACGUUCUUUACGACGCGCGGCGAGGACGUGCAGGACAAGAACUCGACCGCGUUCUACAAUAACUCCGAGGUGUACGAGGUGGUCGAGCGGGUGUGCGAGCUGCGCAAGAAGUGGCCCAGCGCGUGGGGUAAGAUCAACGACCAGAGCAUCGGCAUCAUGACCCCGUACGCCGAUCAGGUGUUCCGCAUACGCUCGGAGCUGCGCAAGCGGCGCAUGGGCGGCAUCAGUGUGGAGCGAGUGGCGAACGUGCAGGGCAAGCAGUUCCGGGCGAUCUUCCUGUCGACCGUGCGCACCAGGCGCACGUGCAAUGCGAACGCAAACGAGGGCUCCAGUUCGGCCGAGGAGGUGGACUACGGGUUUCUCUCGAACUCGAAGCUGCUCAACACGGCGAUCACGCGCGCCCAAAGCCUGGUGGCGGUCGUCGGUGAUCCGGUUGCCCUCUGCUCGAUCGGCCGUUGCCGGAAGGUGUGGGAGCGAUUCAUCGAAAUUUGCUACCAAAACAAAAGCCUCUUCGGUAUCACGUGGUCCCUGUUGCGCUCGCAGCUGGACGGGGUGGAGUUGAAGAAAACGUACGUCCUGAAUCCGCUCGCCCCGGAGUUUAUCCCGCGUGCGCUACAAGGAGAAGCGUACCUUCGGGAUCAGGCGGCCAGUUUGGGUGGUGGAGGGCCCGGCUUGUCGUCGGCCGGUGCGUCGAUGAUCGGAGGACAGUUUCAUCAUCAUUCGGCGCUGGUUGGACAUCAUGGAGCGGUGGGUGGACUGGGUGGAACUCUCAACCCAGGUGGCCACGGAUCUCAUCAACAUCAAGUGGGUGGUCAGCAGUCGCAGCAACAGCAGCAACCACAACAUCAGCAACAACAGCAACAGCAGCAGCAACAACAACAGCAAGUACCCCCGCAUCCUCUGCAACAACAUCUACAGCUGCAACAACAGCAGGCAGGCGGGACAUUUCAUCACAAUCCCGUCGGAGGACCCACCUAUCCACUGGGAGGUGGUGCAGGCGCAGUAGCUGGUGCCGGUGGACUGGGUGGUGUACCGAAUCCGGCCGCCGCCGCCGCAGCUGCCGCACUUAUGCGUAAUCCGCUAGCGAUCGCUCCAUUCAUGGGACCGGCUUCUUCAACCGGCGGCCAUCUUGGUGCGGGCGGUCAAGGACCGGUUGCACAACCAUCGAUGCUCCAGCAACAUAUGCAAUCGCAGCAACAACAGCAGCAACAGCAGCAACAACAACAACAGUCGCAACAGUUUCCUUAUCAAAACCCUCUUUACUUUUAUCAACAACAGCAACAGCAGCAGCAGCAACAACAACAAUCGUCUCAGCAGCCUCAACAGCUCCGCGGCCCAACCAUGGUUCCUCCGCAUCCUUCCGCGGCCCUUGGUGGUGGUCCUCCGCUUCCACCGAACCUUGCCCCACCGAAUCAGAAUCCGCCGAACCUGUGGGGUGCAGCAUCGGCGGCCGGAGGUGGCAACUUUCCGAUGGUCGCCUCACCGGGUGGGCGUAACACACCGCCCGGUUGGCGUUUGGCACAAAAGAAUGCUCCCCCAUCGAUACGGCCCCAGCUCGCGGCGGCGGCGGCGGCUGCACAGGGUGGUGGCCAAUCGGUUUCGCACCCGCUCGGUAUGGGACUGGGACGCCCGGGACCACCACCGCCGAUGAUAGCGCCACCGAUGCGUAGUCCAACGAUAGCGGGCCAAGCACCACCACCGCCACCACUGGGCGGAGGACUACCUCCGUUGUCCUACUUUCAGCAGCAACAGCAACAACCCAACAAGGCCACUCUCAUGCAAACCCAGGCCCAGCAGCAGCAGCAACAACAAGGUGGUGGCUUUGGGCUGUACCAUCAGGCGAUACCGCAUAUGGGUGGACUUCAGCAGCAGGGGUCGGGAGCGGGGCAACAAAACCACCACAUACGCCCCAUGUUGAACAGUGGCCCGAUCAGCCCGAGUGGAUUCCAGCAGCAGCAGCAGCAACAGGUGGCACCUUCGAACGCGCAGCAGGGCCACUUCGUCGGUGGUGGCCAAUCGACCGACCUUUACAUGUCCAGCAUCCAAAGCGAGCUGAUGGCCAUGUCGAACCGGAUGCCGCAGCUAUCGAUCGCGGGCGGUGGACAGAAACUUGGCGGCGGCCCAUCGGGCGCUGGGGGCGCAGCCCUACACGCGCGUGCCACCGGUGCCGAUCAGUACGCGCUGGACAAGUCGGGCGACUAUCAGUUUCUCCAGAACGUUCACUUUCCCGAGCUGCGCAAUCCCAUAGCGUCGCACCAGCAGCAACAGCAGCAGGUCGCUGGCGGGCUUCUACCGGCCCAGCUGACCUCCGGUGGACACUUGCCACCGGUGUCAUCUUCGGCACAUUUGUUGCAGCACCAGCAGCAGCAGCAGCAGAUGUCCGCCGUUCUCGGUCCGGGCGGUUCCGCUGUACCGGGCCUUCAGCAGCAUUUCGGUGGCGGUGGCGGCGGCGGCGGCAUUGGAGGUCCCGCGAAUGGUGGCCUCACCGACUUCAACCAUCUGCUCCCGCAGAACAUGAGCUACUUCGAUAUGGCGAUGCAGACGAAGGAGUUCCAGUACUAUUGGUUCAUGAAGCUGAUGGAAACGAAAGGGCUCGAAUCAGCCAACAAGUUCACCGACGUGCUGCGCCAGGUACCGACGGCUGUGGCGGCUGCCAAUGCGAUCAAGCCGACAGCUACAUCGUUAUCGCUAUCACAGCAACAACAGCAGCAGCAGCAGCACGGAAUGCCGAAAUCGGUCGGACCGUUAUCAUCGCAAGCCGAUCUCUUCUUGGACAAUAUUCUCAACCCCAAUCUGAAGGAUCCGCUGCUGCUCGGUGUCACUGGAAGUGGCGGUGGUGGCGGUGGUGGUGGUGGGUCGGCCAACAUCGGUGUGGGAGGAGGAGGAAUGCACUCGAAUGUGCUGGUGAAUGGAUUGCACAGUGCAUCGUCAGUCAAUGCGGCGGUUCAUCAGCCAGGUCCUGGCGGUGGAAAAGCCAUGCUUGAGCCGACAGAACUAUUCGCAAACCUCUCGACGACCCUGGUGGCCCCCGAAAUUCCCUCCCUCAUCGGACCGUCGCAGACGAGUCAACAGCAGCAAUCGGUACCGCUGUACCGUCGCCAGGCGGGACAAAACUAUCUACCGGGCAACGCCGGUGGCGGUGGUGGUGGUGGAAGUACUAGCAGUGCAAGUGCUACCGCUACGACCUCCUCCUCGUCGAAUGCCCACUCGAUCAACUCGUCCACGCCGGAUCUGCUUGACUCGGUUCAUCUGCAUCCACAGCAGCAACAGCAGCAGCAUCAGCAACAGCAGCAAUCUCACGCCCAGCACUACGGACUACAGCCGUCGCUCGUGGAGUUGCUGGAGCCUAAAAUGUCACAGCAAAACUAUCUCUUCGGCUCCGGUCUGGCCGGUGGUGCAGGCUCUACGAACGGUGGCAAUCAGUAUGGCGGGAAUCCUUUGCUCGAUCAGCAGCAACAACAACAACAGCAGCAGCAGAAUGGAGUAUUCCAGGGUAACGCUGGAUACAGCUCGAUACAAAAUAUCGCUGCUGGAUUACUGCAGCAGCAACAACAGCAGCAGCAACAAUUACAACAACAGCACGAUUUGGGUGGUCGGAGUUAUAUGCAGCAUCUUACAGCUCAGCAGCAACAGCAGCAGUCGGGUGGCAUGGGACAGUCGUCGCUACAUGAUGAUCAUUUACUAUCCCAGCGUGGUUCAACCGGUGGAGGAGGUGGUGGUCCUUCGGGAAUGCCGCCCGUCUCCUCUUCGGCCCACGCAACGUACGCCAGUGUACUGAGUCAAGGACAACAAGCUGGUGGAGGAGGGGGGAUGGGGUUAGGCAACCACCAGCAUCAUCUCCAUCAGCAGCAUGGCAGCAACAGUAACCAUCUACCGCAUCCACAACAUGCGCAUCACCAGCACCAACACUUUGCGUCCCAGCAGCAACAUGGCCAACAGCAUGCUGGUAUGGAAAGCCUCAAACAGCAGCUCGGCAAGAUGGAGCUGUCUGACGGCUCGAUGGACGAUGGUGCAGGUGGCGGUGGUGGUGGUGGUGGUGGUAAUGGCAACAGUAACAGCAGUGCGGAUCCAUUCGCACCGUUACGCAACCUUGGCGCGAAGACCAGCGGAGGAUUGUACAACUAUUUUCUUUAAAAGCACAGCUGAAAGAUCGAACUUUGCUUAUCGUUGAGAAGAAUCAACAUUAUGGCGAACCGAUCCCAUCAGAUGUCGUAAAAGCAACUAAAGAAUCACUCGUUUUCGAUCGUUGAAUAAUAGGAAUUUUUAGUUGCCACCGCAAAAACUAGCUCACCCUCCGAUAUGAACUAGAAACAAAAACUGCGUUGCCGUCAGAUCGCUGCAAGUCUGGCCUCUUUUACGCCCUAUUCAAGGACUGCAUUUCUUUCUACUCUAGCAGAAACUGCACCUACCGAUAUGAUAAUGAACAACAAUAGCGAAGAAGAAGAAAACAAAAGAACAUAAAAAGUGUAAAAUGAAACAGAUGAAAAGGUGAAAAGAAAAAAAAGGUAAAAUUUUAAAUCAUGCCCGCGGGAGCAAGGUCGGUGUGUGAAGCAUAAAUAAUUAUUUGCAACAGCGCGAACCCAACAAAAAACAGAAACGUAGAAAACCGAAAAUGGGUAUAAUACAUGGUAGUAGUACUAACAACAAUGAAACGAUUAAGUUAAAACGUAAAAAAAGGUUAAACGAAGCAAAACUAGUUUAAACAAAAACAAAAGAAAAAAAAAAGGAAAAACUAUUACAAAAAACGCAAAAAAGUUAUGUCUACUUAUGAUUUGUAAUGUUAAAAGCAAAGGAAAACAAAGGAAAACAAAGGAAAAUUGAAAAAAAAAAAUUACACACAUACACACACAUACACAAACACGGCACCUGUGUGACACAGAUGGACAAAAU